CCAAAACUACACCAUUUUAUUUGUUUUAUUAGCUGAAUUAAACCUAAAAUCUUAUCUGGAGAAAGUGCAUAAUAUUUAUUUCAACUGAAAUAUAUUUAUUAAUGCAGAUGGGUGAUUCAGAAAUGAAAUUGUUGGGGUUAUGGUGUAGUCCUUUUAGUAGAAGAGUAGAAAUUGCCCUAAAUUUGAAGGGUAUCCCUUAUGAUUACAUUGAAGAAGAUAUCCAAAAUAAGAGUCCUGAACUUCUUAAGUAUAAUCCUGUUCAUAAGAAAGUGCCUAUUCUUGUAAUUGAUGGUAAACCAAUUGCAGAAUCAUUAGUCAUUUUGGAGUACAUUGAUGAGAUGUGGAAGGAUAAGCCAUCUAUCUUGCCUCAACAACCUUAUGAUCGAGCUAUGGCGCGAUUUUGGGCUUCGUUUAUUGAUGAGAAGUGCUUGCCUUCGAUUUGGAAAGCAUUUUGGGGAGCAGAAAAUGAGCAAAAAAAAGCAGAAAAAGAAGCACAUGAGAACUUAAAAGCAUUGGAAAAUGAGCUGAAAGGCAAGAAAUUCUUUGGAGGAACAAGUAUAGGCUAUCUUGAUAUAGUUGCCAAUUUCAUUGCAUAUUGGCUUGAAGCCAUUCAGAAGGCUGCUGGCAAGGAAAUACUUACUAAACAAUCAUUCCCUUUACUAUUCCAAUGGAAACAUGAUUUUAUUACAUCCAAAGUUAUUAAAAAUCAUCUUCCUCCAUGGGAACGACUCGUCGCUUAUUACCGAAUUCGCAUUGAAGCCGCUAAAGCUAGUAAAUAAUGAAGCAUCUUAUUGAAAUUGCUAUAUUUACACUUCUAAUGUGAUAACUUUUUAUAUUAAAUAUAGCAAUUUUAAUGAGACAAAACGAGUAAAAAAGAAAAAAACUAAGUAUUAUUGAAUGAGAAAGAUAAUAAUCAUGUUGAAUUCAUUGCAUCUAUUGUUACUGAUUGUACGAGACAAAUACUUUCUCCGAUUUCUAAUUUUGCUC